CCAUCACUAAACCUGUACAGCCCAUUAGUACAUGCCACCUACCAUGUAGUGCAGGAGUGAAGAGAUCAGCUGAUAAAGGAGAGGGGAAGGAUAUUAAGCGGGAAAGUCAGAGAAGGUGUUUGCUGUUGCAGACCUGCUGAGAAUCCUUGUGCCAUCUCCGAGUCAUUAGGACUAGUUAGUUACUGAGACCAUAUAUCCUUUUGUUUUGUGACAAAUUCAACAUCUGGAGCACCUCAGCAAUAUUCAGCUGAACACUCAAUUGAACAUUGUCACCAGUUCUCUGCCUCCUCCAGUGCUCACGUGGCCUCAGAUAUAUCAACUUUUCACCUCCCGUGUGCUAGCAAGGUGCUUAUUGUAAAGAGGCAGAGAUGACAUCCCAAAACCUCUUUGCCUCAGUCUUAUUACACAACCUGACCCAAGGAUAACCAUCAACCCCCCUGGCGGCACUCGUGGACCGACGCACUCUCAGACACACAGCCCCGGCCCUGGCUUCAGGCAGUAUGGGAGACGGGAGCUGGGUAUGUCUGAGCCCAGCUGAGUUCGGCCAGCUGCAACAAUACAGCGAGUACUCCACAAAGAAGCUGAAGGAUGUGUUGGAGGAGUUUCACGGAGAAGGCGUCCUUUCCAAAUACAAUCCAGAGCAGAAGCAAGACGUUCUCAACCAACCCAUCGACUAUGAGGGCUUCCAGCUCUUCAUGGCCACUUACCUGGAGAAUGACAUCCCGGAGGAGCUAUGUCAGCACCUCUUCACCUCCUUCAAGAGCAAGACAGGAGGCUGCUCUCCCGAUCAGUCUCGUGCAGGAACGAGCUUACUGGAAGCCCGUUCCAUUGACGCAGGCAUCUCUAUUCAGACCGAAGUGGCCUGUGCCCCCAUUACAGGGAUGAACGGGAAAAGCAUCCUCUCUGCAAUGGGCCGACACACGCCGGAGCACUCCGGUGUGAUGAGCACAGCAGGCUCAGGAGCCACCACCUCGCCUUGUUCAUCUCGCUCCUCCUCGCAGCGCUCAGGGACUGGGGCCCACACGCCUGGGGGGCCCCACAGAUCACCAUGCACCCAGGUCAAAACCUCAGAGAGCAGCAGCAAUGCCCUGACCCCCAAUGCUGGUCCUGCCAGGUCUCCAGUGUCCCCCAAACUUUCACCAGAGAGGAGCCACUCCGAGAAGCAUUUGUCUCUGCGGAGGAGCCCGUCGCCCCAGAAAGCCUCCCCCCUGUCGUCUCCCCAGGUAGUCUUUCUCAAGGACAUCGUCUGCUACCUUUCCCUGCUGGAGAGGGGGAUGCCAGAGGACAAGCUGGAGUUCAUGUUCCGGCUGUACGACACAGACGGCAACGGGGUUCUGGACAGCUCGGAGCUGGAUCGCAUCAUCAAUCAGAUGGUGCAUGUGGCAGAGUAUCUUGAGUGGGAUUCAACAGAACUGCGACCGAUACUGAAGGAGAUGAUGGAAGAGAUCGACUAUGACAGAGAUGGGACGGUCACGCUGGAGGAGUGGAUCAGAGGAGGCCUCACCACUAUCCCUUUACUGGUCCUGCUGGGCAUGGAUACGAAUGUACAGGAAGACGGGCAGCAUGUUUGGCGUCUGAAGCACUUCAACAAACCAGCCUACUGUAACUACUGCCACACCAUGCUGCUCGGAGUGCGCAAGCAGGGCCUCUGCUGCUCCAUAUGCAAGUACACAGUGCACGAACGGUGUGUGUCCAAAGACAUCGCUGCCUGCAUCAGCACCUACGCCAAGUCACGUAGACACACCAACGCUAUGCAGCAUGUAUGGAUGGAGGGUAACUCUCCUACCAAGUGUGACCGCUGUCACAGAAGCAUCAAGUGUUACCAGGGCCUUACGGGCCUCCACUGUGUCUGGUGUCAGAUCACUCUCCAUAAUAAGUGUGCAUCUAAUGUGAAGCCAGAGUGCGAUGGAGGAGCCUUGAGGGACCACACUCUGUUGCCCUCGUACAUCUGCCCCGUUGUGUUGGACCGCCAUUCUGUGGUGAAGCGCGGCGAGGGGGAGUCGCCUCCCAGCACCAGCCCUGAAGAUGCCAAUCAGACUUUCAAAUUCUCCCCCGGAGACGGACAAGCACUGCAGAUUACCCCUCUCCCAGGUACUCACCCGCUCCUGGUCAUGGUCAAUCCCAAGAGUGGAGGGAGACAGGGGGAGAGGGUACUGAGGAAGUUCAGGUACUUACUAAACCCCAGGCAGGUGUACAGCUUGGAGCGAGGUGGACCAAUGGUAGGGCUCAACUUUUUCCAUGAUGUCCCUGAUUUCCGGGUGCUUGCCUGUGGAGGUGACGGCACUGUGGGUUGGAUCCUCGACUGUAUAGAUAAGGCCAACUUUGCCAGGCACCCUCCGGUGGCCAUCCUCCCUCUGGGCACAGGGAACGACCUUGCACGCUGCUUACGCUGGGGGGGAGGUUACGAGGGUGGCAGUUUGCUGAAGUUCCUCCGGGACAUCGAGCACAGCACAGAGGUGGUGCUGGACCGCUGGAACAUAGACAUCGUCCCCGAUGACAAGGAGGAGAAGGGAGACCCUGUGCCCUACAGCAUCGUCAACAACUACUUCUCUAUCGGAGUGGAUGCCUCCAUCGCCCAUCGUUUUCAUCUGAUGCGGGAAAAACACCCUGAGAAGUUCAACAGCAGAAUGAAGAACAAGCUCUGGUACUUUGAGUUUGGCACCACUGAGACCAUAUCUGCCACCUGCAAGAAACUCAACGAAUGCAUAGAAGUGGAGUGCGACGGGAUCAUCUUGGACCUCAGCAACACCUCCUUAGAAGGCAUUGCCGUGCUCAACAUUCCCAGCAUGCACGGCGGCUCCAACUUGUGGGGUGAGUCGAAGAAGAGGAGGAACUACAACCGUAUGAGCAAGAAGGUUCCUGACAGGAUGCCCGCCAGCACCGUCACAGACGCUAAAGAGCUCAAAUUUUGCGUGCAAGACUUCAGUGACCAGCUGUUGGAGGUGGUUGGCCUGGAAGGGGCAAUAGAGAUGGGACAGAUCUACACUGGACUGAAGAGUGCAGGACGCAGACUUGCUCAGUGUGCCAACGUCACCAUCAGGACGUCACGACGGCUGCCCAUGCAGAUCGAUGGUGAGCCCUGGAUGCAACCCCCUGCACGUCCCAGCCUUGGGUUUAGUCUCAGCCACCUGCAACAGCCAAGUCUCUCAGUCCAAGCCGCCUCCUGCCCCCCAAAAAACCCCAGCCACAAUGCCAGUACUGCACUGCCUGCUCAACACAACUUUGGCCGCUGGGAUUCCCUCUAA